GAGCUGACAAUCGCAGCUGCCUUGUUCUUCUUAUUACUUCAAACUUCAGGAUACAGUGCAAGAUAUGAUGCGGAUCAACUAAGUGUUACAAUGAGAUUCGAGUGUAAGUGUAUGUGUUGCGAGUAAUUGCAGCUAGUAGAGAGCAAAAGUGUGUGUAAAAAGUUGUGUGUCUUAUCGAUCGGAUCACUCCUUUAUAUAGUAAAAGAAAUAACAAACUAUCCUAAAAAUGGGGGAUGCUUCAAAUAUUCCCCUUUGAACGUUGGAGACCCCUUCUUUGCGGUUCAACGUUCUCUUCUCAACAACUUAGUCCGAGUCUUCAGGAGAAGCAGUCCAUUUGAACGUUAUAGGCAAGCCUUGCUAAUCUGCACGUGAAUAAUUAGUCAUUACCAGAAUACUACAUCAGGAUGUUACCAAUAUCCUGAUCUGGUAUCCUGAUUACAAUCAAAAGUAAUAGAACCAGAAUAUAAUUCAGGAUAUAUGUGCAGUAAACCACCCAUAACAAUUGUCCCCAAAAUAUAUCUGUUGGAAUACUAAAUUCUAACGGAUAUAUCUUAAAACUUAUCGCAUAUGUCGAGGAAAUUAAGAUGAAGAGACGCUUGAAGUGACAGUGUGCAACUUCCCACGCAGUUUAUACUCGAUGCCUAUCUAUUUCGCCCCUAUAUCUUCUCACUUUCUUGUUGAUAAUCAUCCACCCUCCUCAGAAUUAUCAGGUACUUUCUCUUCCCUUUUCUUUCAAGAUUCUCUCUGCUUUAGUUCUUAGAUGGCCACCAGAACCCGAUCACAUUCCGGCGAAUCCACCUCUUCGUUCACUAACCAGAACCUGCUAAAACACCCUGAGAAGGAGGUAUGCUCUUUCGACAACGCUGACAUCGCCGCACUGAGAGCUUCCGGCGCUUUUUUCGACAGGGCGGUGAUUCGUCCGUUCGACCGGAGCAUCCGAUCAGAUGUAUCGUUUGAAGAAUGGAUCUGCUUUUCGGCAUACCCGUUCUCUCUUGGCCUUUGAUAUCCCUUUACAGAAUUCAUCAUGCAAUUUUUUCGAACCACCGGUCUCUAUUUUGCCCAAACAAUGCCCAUGGUCUGGAGAGUACUCAUCAUGCUUAACCAGAUUAAGUCCCUUCAUGCCCCUGACCUUUGCAUUGAAGAUAUUCCGAUUGCUUAUCGUCUCCGAUCGCACGGCAACAACCGUUUCUUGCUUUUUUCAACAUUUAGCAACCCCCUCAUCCUCAAAGUAACUAGGAACGAGGAUGGGUGGCAACGAAAAAUUUUCUUUGUUAGACGAGACUCCAUUGCCGAAGGUGAUAGCCUUCCAGUGAAAUGGUUGACCUCCGGUAGGGUUUAGGGUUUUAAGAUAUCCCCAAAUAUAUCCUAAUGACAUAUCCUGAACUAACAUCCUUAUAUUUCUGUGCAGCAAACCUCAAAGAGUUGGCUCCUCCCACUGAAGAAUCCGAAGAAAGAAUUAACAGGGUCUACCAGUUGCCUGAUAGUGAUAGAACCUUUUCAUUGCACCUUCCAAGUUCAAGCCAAUAUUCCUCGUCUGACAUGUAUGCACCAGUCAAGAUUCCAUAAGUCUUCGGUCUUGAAGAGUUGGACAACUACUCUGGCUCUGUCCAAGUGAAGAAAGAACCCAGCAAAUCUUCUACCACUUCCAAAUCGGUACCCAGCUCCAAAGCAGCCGUUCCUAAGCCUUCUCCUGUUACCAAGCCGUGUGCCUCAAGCUCCCGUAAAAGAAAGGAAACGGACUCUCCAACUUCAUCUGAAACCUUCCCCUAUGAAAACCAUGGGUUCCUUGAAUCCAGUGGCUUUAUGACCAGCUUUCUUAACCAGGGUCUUGAACGCCUGACAAGCCUUUAUGAAGAAAGCUGUGGACUGAACAAGAUGCUGGAAGUGAAGUUGAAGAAAGCAGAGACCACCAUCGCUGAUCAGGGAGUGAUAGCCGCCGCCAAGUCACAACAUUACGAGGACAAAUUCAAAGCUGUGACUCAGGAAGGUAAAGCCGCCAUCAACAAGGCCAACCAAGAUGCUCAAGCCAAGCUAGAUGCCGCCCAUCUUCAAUAUGAGCAGGAUAUGAACACCUACCGAGAGGGCCUUAAAGGGUCUGUUAUAAUUUCCCUCUUUCAAGCCAGGCUAAAGAUGGCUUAUGAGGCCAAAGCCAUGGGCUUUGAAUGCCCAUCCUGGAAUGUUAAUGCUUGGGAGGCGAAAUUAAAGGAUCUCGGGGGUAAUCCUGUGGAGUAUCCUGCGAAGCCUGCAGGUGAGGAGCCUUCCAAGGCGAUAGAGGAGGCGGCUGAUGCUGGUGGCGAUGCUGAGAAGAAUCCUGACGGUGAUGCUGGUGCGGGUGCUGGAGGAGACGCUGCGGUUGAAGAAGGUGUUGCUCCUUGAAAGCAGCGAAGUGGGCAAUGAUGGAUAUUCAUGCCUAGGCCGGAGCCCACUUUUUUAAUCUCGAUGGUUGUGGUUUUAACAAACAAUUUACUUUCUGUCUUUUGAACAAUUUACAUUCCUGCACUUAGAACAAUUUGAUGGCGAAAGGUGGAAGGAUCCUGAGUUUCAGGACGAAACCCUUGGUCAUCAAUCUUUAGUAUGUUUUAUUUUGAACAAUUUAAUAGUUGAAGGUGGAGGGAUCUUGGGUUUCAAGACGAAGCCUUCAACUGUUAAGUAAAUAUGUUAAGACUAAUUGUGCUUUUUGGUGGAUAGGUCUCGGUUUGAGAUGAAGCCAAGAGCACAAUCUUUUGCCAUGUUAAUAAUAAACUAACUUCUUUUGGCCCUA